AGUCCUUUCUACGGAGAAGACUUUUAUUGUGAAAUUCCAAGAAACUUCAGACACCUAUCCUUCUAUAUCUUCGACAGAGAUGUUUUCCGCAGGGACUCCAUCAUGGGCAAAGUUGCAAUAUUGAAAGAAGAUCUUCAGAAGUACAACAACAGGGAAACGUGGUUCCAAGUUCAACACGUGGAUGCUGAUUCAGAAGUACAGGGGAAAGUUCACCUGGAGCUAAGGCUGAGCGAAGUUAUUACUGACACUGGUGUCAUCUGCCAUAAGCUUGCAGCACGAGUUUUAGAGUGCCGUGGCCUCCCCAUUGUCAAUGGCCAAUGUGAUCCUUAUGCUACUGUAACAUUACUGGGUCCAACAAGGACUGAGUCAAAGAAAACUAAAGUCAAGAAGAAGACUAACAACCCACAGUUUGAUGAAGUGUUUUAUUUUGAGGUGACCAAGCCAAGUAGUUACAAUAAGAAAUCUCAUUUUGAAAUAGAAGAAGAUGACGUAGACAAAAUGGAGAUGAGAGUUGACCUAUGGAAUGCGAGUAACCUAAAGUUUGGAGAUGAAUUUCUUGGAGAGCUUAAAAUUCCAUUAAAGGUCUUACGACAGUCCAGCUGCUAUGAUGCAUGGUACCUGCUUCAGCCAAGAGACAAUGGCAAAUCAGGAAAACCAGAGGAUCUUGGGUCGUUAAGAUUAAAUGUGGUUUACACAGAAGAUCAUGUGUUUUCUAGUGAAUACUACAACCCUCUCCGAGACCUUUUGUUAAAAUCUGGAGAUGUUGAGCCUGUUUCAGCAUCUGCUGCACAUGUGUUGGGUGAAGUGUGCAGAGAAAAACAGGAAGCUGCGAUACCUUUGGUGCGACUAUUUUUACAUUAUGGGAAGAUUGUGCCAUUCAUCAGUGCAAUAGCAAAUGCUGAAGUCAACAGAACACAAGAUCCAAACACAAUUUUUAGAGGCAACUCGUUAACAUCAAAAUGUAUAGAUGAAACCAUGAAACUGGCUGGGAUGCACUAUCUACAAGUUACAUUAAAGCCAAUUAUAGAUGAGAUAUGUGAGUUGCAUAAACCCUGUGAGAUUGAUCCAGUAAAACUGAAGGAUGGAGAAAAUUUAGAAACAAACAAGGAAAACUUGAAGAAUUACGUUGACCAGAUCUUUAACGUCAUUACAAAAUCAGGAGUAAGCUGCCCUACUGUCAUGUGUGACAUUUUCUUCUCUCUGAGAGAAUCUGCAGCAAAACGCUUUCAAGGUGACCCUGAUGUAAGAUACACCGCUGUGAGCAGCUUCAUUUUUCUGCGUUUUUUUGCACCUGCCAUCCUGUCUCCCAACCUGUUCCAGCUCAGCCCUCAUCACCCAGAUCCACAGACAUCCAGAACCUUAACACUUGUUUCCAAGACCAUACAGACACUGGGUAGCUUGUCCAAGUCCAAAUCUGCCAGCUUCAAAGAAACCUAUAUGGCUGCUUUUUAUGACUACUUUAAUGAGCAGAAGUAUGCUGAUGCUGUUAAAAAUUUCUUGGACCUAAUUUCAUCUUCUGGAAGAAGAGAUCACAAAAGUAUAGAGCAACCAAUUGUGCUCAAAGAAGGAUUUAUGAUCAAAAGAGCUCAGGGAAGGAAACGCUUCGGUAUGAAGAAUUUCAAGAAGCGAUGGUUUCGCCUUACUAACCAUGAGUUUACAUACCAUAAAAGUAAAGGUGAUCAUCCGCUUUGCAGUAUUCCGAUUGAAAACAUUCUGGCAGUAGAGAAAGUAGAAGAGGAGUCCUUCAAAAUGAAAAAUAUGUUUCAAGUCAUCCAGCCAGUUCGUACUUUGUAUAUUCAAGCAAAUAACUGUGUGGAAGCAAAGGAUUGGAUAGACAUCCUCACCAAAGUCAGCCAGUGUAACAAGAAGCGCCUCACUGUUUUCCAUCCCUCUGCCUUUCUAAAUGGACAUUGGUUGUGUUGUAAAGCUACUUCAGAGACUGCCACUGGCUGCAGUCCCUGUACUGGGGGCCUGCCAGCAAACAUCCAACUUGUCAUUGAUGGCGAUAGGGAAACUGAGCGAAUUUACUCCCUCUUUAACACCUACAUGUCCAAGCUGGAAAAAAUGCAAGAGGCUUGUGGUAGUCGGUCAGUAUAUGACGGCCCUGAGCAAGAGGAGUACAGUAGCUUCAUUAUUGACGACCCUCGUGAAACCUACAAAACACUAUGUAGCAUUAUAGAAGGUGUUAAGACAUUAGAAGAGGAGCAUGCUCAGUACAAGCGGGAUAAAUUCAAGAAGACUAAAUAUGGAAGUCAAGAACAUCCGAUAGGAGACAAGAGUUUUCAGACCUACAUCAGGCAGCAGUCUGAGGUGUCAACACAUUCCAUUUGA